UUAACGAGGGAGACUCAUUUCCAGGCUCCUUUGUGGAUUGACUUGAUUUCAUCUGUGAGGUGCAGAAGGACCAUGUGACAAUUGUUUGACAAAUUCUCAUUCUCCCAGUUUUUAAAAUUUUUACGUUUAUGAACGGCAAAGUCAUCGAUAUUAAACGGAGAUUUCGUGUUAUUGUGCGUAAUGAUUUGAUGCGGUUGCAAAUACAAUGCAGGCUCCAAGGGAUAUAAUUCUGUUUUCGGGCACUUCUCAUCCAGAACUUGCCCAGUUGCUGUCACGACGCCUCGGUACGAGCUUGGCACCAUGCACGGUGUACACAAAGUCAAAUCGAGAAACGGUGGCUGACAUCGGUGCAUCUGUUCGAAUGCGAGAUGUUUAUAUCUUGCAGACUGGAUCAAAGGAUGUUAACAACACUAUAAUGGAAUUACUGAUCAUUGCUUAUGCAUGCAAGACAUCAUCCGCCCGCAACAUUGUCGGCGUAAUCCCGUACUUGCCAUACAGCAAACACAGCAAGAUGCGAAAACGUGGCUGCAUUGUGGCUAAACUACUGGCUAAAAUGAUGUGUAAAGCAGGCUUGACACAUGUGCUGACAAUUGACUUGCAUUCCAAGGAAAUCCAGGGUUUUUUCGAUGUGCCUGUUGACAACCUGCGAGCGUCGCCGUUCUUGCUGGAAUACAUUCGUAAACAGAUUCCUGAUUAUCGCAAUGCGGUUAUCGUCGCCAAAGAUCCCGGUUCGGCUAAAAAAGCCACAUCCUUUGCGGAACGAUUGCACCUUGGAAUUGCUGUGAUUCACGGAACUCCUCGCGAUGAUGAUACUCAACAUGAUGGUGAGAGUUCACCGCCGCCGCCCAGUUCUCCUACACAAGUGUCUCCAGUAGUCGCGCCCGGACUGGAUUUUCUUCCUAUUUUGACGGCGAAAGAAAAGCCACCGAUGAGUGUUGUGGGUGAUGUCGGUGGACGCAUCGCCAUUAUUGUGGAUGAUAUUGUUGACGAUGUGAAAUCCUUCAUUGCGGCCGCUGAUUUAUUGAAGGCACGGGGUGCUUACAAGGUGUAUGUGAUGGUUACCCAUGGGAUCUUAUCGCAGGAUGCUCCUCUGCAGUUGGAAGAAUCAGAAAUCGAUGAGGUUAUUGUGACGAACACCGUCCCGCAUGAUGUGCAGAAGAUGCAGUGCCAUAAGAUUAAAACAGUGGACAUUAGUGUUCUGCUCUGCGAGGCAAUCCGUCGAAUCCAUUUUAACGAAUCGAUGAGUUUUCUGUUUAGAGAUGCUCCAGCGGAAUAGCUUGCAUAAUGUGCUGCAUUUCGGAAAAUUACUCGCUUUCAGACAGAAAUGUUAGAUUUAUUGUUUGUGCAUUGCUGAUCCCUCUGUUUUGCAUGUGCAGAAAGUAAUCCUAAUUUUUAUUGUUUUAUUAAGCGUGUUCCCUGUGCUACAUUUAUUAUUGGAUUCAUUGCCGGUACGUUGUGGCUAGAUCACACAAUUUUGGAGUAAAAUAAAAAAUGU